AUGUACCUGAAGGUGCGGCUUCCGAUUCCCAUCAACUCCAAUCCUGGCAUGGUGUUUCCCCGCAGACAAUUUGCCAAAAUCGACGAGGUGGCUGACCUCGCCGCUCUCUAUAUUGAUGAUAUGCUGGACUACAAGGAAAUGCUUGAUAGGGGAGAGCUGCCUCAAGAACGGGCUACGAGUCGCGAGAAGGGUCAACCACUAUGCAUGGAGCAGUUCUAUAGAUUGCUCGGUGUCUGUCGCAUACCGGAAGUGGGCAAAGAUCGUCUGGAACUGCCUACCAGGCCCAACGAUCCGUCGGAGUGCGAGGAGCUAGUGAUCGUCGCUUGUCGAAAUUAUUUUUACCCGAUCCCGGUGAAAGCAGCAGAUCGCGGCCGUCUAACCCCAGGCGAGAUCCAGGCUCAGUUGCUCCACGUGAUGGUGGAUGCGGCCGGAGCACCGCCAGCACCCAGGGUCGGCCUUCUCACAACCAUGAACAGAGAUCAAUGGGCAAAGGCUAGGGAGCAACUUAUUAAAGACGAGAACAACAGAACUAACUUAGAACUGAUAUCGCGGGCGCUAUGUAUAAUGUGUAUCGACGAGGCGGGUGGCGACCGUCCGGAGCUGGACGGCGACACCAACGGUUUGCUGCGAGCCAUGCACGGCGGUGGUACACGCUACAAUUCUGCCAACAGAUGGUUCGAUAAAACUGUUCAGUUAAUCAUAUCGUCGGACGGCACAAUAGGCAUGUGCAACGAGCACACCCCGGCAGAAGGCGUGGCAGUGAUCCGUCUGGCGGAGCGCGCGCUGGCGCGGGCCGAGGUUGCGGACAAGCCGGCGCCACCGCCCGUGCUGCUGCCUGCGCCGCAGUUUAUGAAGUGGAACCUGACCAGUGAACUGCACAGGGAUAUCGAGAACGCUGCCAGAGAUUUUGACAGACAAAUUGCGGAUCUAGACCUCAAGGUAUAUACGUACCGCGGCUAUGGACGCGAGUUCAUGAAGUCCUGUCGCACGAGCCCCGACGUGUACAUCCAGCUCGCCUUGCAAUACACCUACUACAAGUUAUAUGGCUACCUGGUCUCCACAUACGAGUCCGCUUCCCUGCGUCGCUUCCACCACGGUCGCGUGGACAACAUCCGCAGCGCUCAUAGCGCGGCGCACGCAUGGGCGGCUGCCAUGUGCACCGCGGACACGCCACCACAACCCGACGACGACGGACCCAAGAAGGUUUCUUUCAAUUUGUACGGGGAACAAAAGAAGCUUGAAUUGUUCGAAGAAGCUGCUCGCAAGCAGACGGCUAUAAUGGAGGCUAACAUACUAGGUCGAGGCAUCGACAACCACUUGCUGGGACUGCGCGAAGCGGCGCGGGAGACCCUCGGAGAACUACCAGAAAUGUUCAAGGAUCCCACUUAUGGUCGAAUGAUUGAGUACAAACUUAGCACCAGCCAGGUUACCACAACAACUGACAACACAUUCGUGGGGUACGGAGCCGUUGUUCCUGAUGGAUACGGUUGCAGCUACAACCUCAAGAAGGAUUCAGUCAUAUUCUGUAUUUCUUCUUUCACAUCGUCCAGUGUCACCAACACGGAAGCCUUCAGGCAGUCUCUGGAGGAAGCUCUCGACUCGAUGAAAUUGAUGUUUCAAAAUCGAAAAGUGGAAAAUUAA